CUUGUACAGCACAAAUCGUGUUACACGUUUUCGAAUAGCUGCACGGCAUCUCCAUACGCCUUACGCCUCUUCAGCAUACCACAAGACAAGACAGUUAAUGAAGGUAGCGAAUGUGUGAGCUGCGCUAAGACCACUUACACACUUAGUCAUCGGACGCUACAACUGCUUCGUGGUCUUGGCCUGUUGCAAUGAUCCUCGAUCCCGUGUGAAGACCGGCGCCGUUAUCGCCUCGGCUAACGGGACCGCCACGGAAGAUAGGCUACAAUGGAGCAAUUGUAAGGACUUUUCCUAGUGAACUAUUGCAAAUUGUUGGUUAGAAGAUUCGGUUGAAUGAAAGGAAAAAGUUCGAACGAGAUAGAACUCUUUAGGUUUGAAUUAGAUUAAUCUUACCUAACGUCAGCCGUAUCCCAAGCCUUGAAGCGUCGUUCGUUUAUCUGUUUAAUAUUUCCGGACCAUAAGAUCGCGUUGAUGGUCCCUCUUUUGUUAUGAUCCUGACGAGCUUGAGUCAUGAGUCUUGGAAGAAUGGUGAUGACCAACAUCACAUGUCAGGUGAAGGUUCCCUUUGCUGAAACCAAGGACAAGGCGCCUGGAAAAUGGGCUUGCCUGUGUUCGCUUCAAUCUGGUGCUAGAGCGGGCUGCCCAAGGCAAUAUGGAUGGGAUUUGAUUCCCGGUCCUGCCGUGUGAAGACUGGCACCGCUAUCGCCUCAGCAAUCGCCCCAAACCCAGGAGUCUUUUUUUAAACCCCCGAAAAUCAAAGCUCAAACCCAUGAAAACAUUACGCAAAUACUUCUGCUUUCCACGGUAUGCCAACAAUUUUUUCAUUUACAUUAUCAACUAAACUGCAAGCCCGAACAGUUCCGAACAACCUAUCACAAACGACCUGCUAAGUGGCAAAUAAUAGUGUGCAAAACGGAAAAAGGUAAGACUGUCUUUUUCCCGAUAGCGAGUGUAACGUGUGUAAGGUCGUGUAACUGCAGCUUAGAUAACGUGCCAUAAUUGCUAACAAUGGCUUCCAUUACACCGAUGUACAAGAAACAUGUCAUGUUUCAUGGAUCAACUUCCAGUGGCGCGCUUAAAGUGAACCACAGUCACAACAACAAUUAUUCAAUCGAUUGCCGGUAGUGCAGUCGAUUAGCGUUUUCCCCGAUUCGAUUCGAUCGCAAAGAGCAGCUGUUAGAAUGGUGUGUAAAAUUGCAACCACAAGAAAAGCUAACCUACGGCUUUCCCCCCAUCCCCGAGCCAGUCUUCCGGUAGUCGGCCGAGUAGUCAAUGGGUGCUGGAAUGAGCCAUUAGGUUCGGUGGUGGAUCGACGAUGCGUAAAAUAUGUGUGUCACCGUAUUAGCCUUUUUUCUUUAACGUUUGAAAAAUGCUUUCCCUACAGUGAGGGACAAAAAGCCCCCCGUACAGCUCCAUGCUCUCCAGCCGUGUGGUGAAGAAAUUCUCCCCCCCUUCCUCGACUACUAAUGAACGCGCGCCAUUGAAUAGAUAUAGCUAACCACCUAGGCAAGCCCGUUCAUAACUUGCCCUGCUGACGAGCCUCCCACCACUUCCGAUAAGCAAACCAGAACCGGCAAAGGGGCAGGGUUCACGUAUAAAUAUCAAACGACCACUUUAAAUCUAACACCAGAUAGUCGCCAACAGUUCGGCCGACUCCACUAAGUUGUUCGUGAAUGGUGCUGUGCCAAGUGCGUUCGUUUGAAAGUUUUGACAGUCGGAAAACACCACCACCAACCAGCGAAAAUGAUCGCCGCGAGUAGAACGAUUCUAAUGAUCGGUGCACUACUACUGCUGCGGAUCGUUCGGAACCCUUGCUCGGGGCAACUGUAUCAAUCGGAAAGUGCCGAAGUAGGUCGACGGGUGCACAACUAUGACAGCCGGUACCAGCAGCAGCCGGCACACGAGCUUGGCUUCGGGUACUACUACCAGGGCGACAUUAUGCUGCCGACCGAUGCCCACCAAAGCCAGGACCGGCUGUCGAUAGCCGAGGAGCAUACGUCCACCGUUUGGCCGAACGCGAUCGUACCGUACUACAUCACACCGAAUGAUUUUACACCGAACGAGGUGCGUGUGAUCGAGAAGUCGAUGAACGUGUUCCACACGAAAACGUGCGUCCGGUUCGUUCCCCGAACACCGGACACUCCCUACUACGUGACGAUCACGAACCGUCCGGCCGGAUGUUACGCCUCGGUAGGACGCGCCCUAGACAACAGCCAGAAUGUGAUGAACCUGCAGGCGCCCGCAUGUCUGAUGAGCGGCACGCCAAUGCACGAGAUGAUGCACAUUCUGGGCUACCUGCACGAGGUGAGCCGUCCCGAUCGGGACGACUACAUCUACGUCAACCGUAGUGCCCUUGAGCCAAGGUAUCAAACGGAAUCAUUCUAUCGAAACAACUUUGCCAAGUACGAGCGAGAUGUUGAGACGUACAGCAUCGACUACAACUAUGGCAGCAUCAUGCACUACACGCGGUUUGCGGGUGCGAAGGAUCGCUCCCAUCCGGUGUUGGUGAAUUUGAAACCAUACGACGAACCCGACUUCGGCAACCGCACGCUCAGCCCGUCCGACAUCGAAAGCAUCCAGUUCCGGUACUGUCGGAACGCUACCGGGCUCUACUGGUUGCAACCAUUCCAACUACUUACCAACCCAUUCUUCAGCCACCGAUCGUCCAGAAGGUUUGGUUAGCGCAAAGGAUCCCUCCCCCCGCCCUUGCAAUCACUUUCUUUCGCUCACUGUUCAAAUUCUAAUAUAAAAAAAAAACUUCACGCAGAUGUCAGAUGUGUUCAUCAAAGUGUUCUUGUUAUUCCAUUUUUUUUCCACAUUGUUUUACAUUACGUAGUUUCACUAUCACACCCCGGUUUUAGUUUUCUCUCCCUCUGUGUGUAUUUACCUCUCAUGCGUUACUUUCUUUUCUUUUCCGUUUAACCGUGUUAUUAUUACUAAGAAUUAAUUUUUAGCGCACUAUAUUACACAUAUUGCCAAUUCGCGUGUUCUCACUCGAAACAAAACCGAAUUAUUGGUGAAUCUUCUUUACACAAGGAAAUAAACCGCUUCCUACUUCGAUCACCGACCGUGCGGUGGCGCUGUGAUCGGAGUCGCUCUAUUACUACUACUACCACCACUACUAGUGCUACUAGAUCACCAGCAGCAACCGGUGCUGUGUGUGUGUGUGUUUGUGGUGGUUUUAAUAAUUGAUUUAAACUAGAACUAAAAUUGGAUUAGAGGUUCUGCUGUACGUAAAACAAGAAAAACAUAAUCCUCUGCCAAGAUUUCUGGGGGGAGGGUCCCUAAUGGCGUGUAAUUUGCUUGAUUUGAAUGAUGUGUACACACACACACGCUAUAUUAUAAAUAUAUAGAAUUAGCAUCAUUUUUCAACGCGUUUUUUUCCCCUCGUUCUCCCAUCUGAACUGCUGCUUCCCCCGCCUGCUACCUAUACUCAUUCGUAUUGAGGACGAUUCGGUUUUUUGGUGUAAUUUGAUUGAGAGUUCUAUGUGUGUGUGUCGGUGGUGUGAUUAUUAGAAAACUCUUUUACCUCCAUUUUCUCUCUCUCUCUCUCUACUCUCGGUUUUACACACCCCUGCUACUGUGAUACCUCCUGUUGCAAAAACUUUGAGCACUCCAAAAACCUCUCUCUCUCUUUCCACUGUUUUAUUUGUUAUUUUAAGUUAUAAGAUUUUAUUUUUUAGUUUACUGUUUGACCGCAUCUCCUUCUCAAGCUGUACAAGAGAGCACUGCUCAAAUUGUUUAACUCACGCGCCCGCCCUCUCUCUCUCUCUCUCGCACACGCAUAUUAAAGGAUGAGGUUACUUUGUUUUUUAAUCGAUCCACGAUUAAUGUUGCUAAAUGUUUUGCCUUAAUAUGUGUGUUUUGUCUGUACUAGUAGCUGGGUUUAGAACAUCUGAUCUCUUCUUGCUCAAGCUCCGUACAACGGAGCAGCAUUCUUCGUUAAGUGUCAUUUAAAAUUUCCAACCGCCAUUUGCUUUCCUCUUUGACGACACUCAAUUUAUGUUUAAUAUACCCAAUCGUAAUGCAUCAUACGCGUAUUUUUAUUGCAAUAUGUUGUAGGUUCCGAAUAUUGGUUUUUCGUAUUUUUCAUUCGCUCUACGCCGUACGUGGUUUAAGUGGUAAGAUGAAGAAAGCAUCUCUUAUUCCGAUAAUUGAUUUGCAAAAUUUCACAACUUUCUGAAGUUUCUGUGGUUUCGUAUAAUUUACUGCCUUUGACGUAUGUAUAUAUAUAAAGUUUAAUAAAGUUUUAUUCACGUCAUGCUAUGACUUUUAUAUGUUCGUCGCUGGUAGUAUUUUACUCUUAUACGGUACGGUAUUUUUUACCUUUCUUCCUGAAAUGUGGUGUGUGAUAAACAUAUUAUGCAUGGGACCAUUUCUGCAGUGCGUCUGUCUGUUAUACACUUCCUCCGCGUUUUGGGCAUUUUGAGGUAUUGAUUUUUUGUUAUUGUUUUUUUAUCAUAUUUUCACGGCUACCCGGUAGUCGUUUGUGAUUUUUUUUCACUUUCAUAAUAAUGUGCAUUUUUUUUUGAAGGGUUGAAGAAGAGGUCUUAAGUUCGAAACUCAGGCAAAAAACAAAAUAGCGAGAUCUGUAAUACGAUGAUGUUCGUUUUAAAAAAUGUCCACCUGCUUUUUCUCUCGCUCUCUCUCUCUUUCUCUAUCUCCAUUUUGAAAGACAUAUUUGUUUUGCUUUUACUGUUCCGCAGUACUGCCGACUCGUUCAAGAGCACCCAUAGACACACUGUGGAUGUAUUUCAGUACACAGUGUUGUUUCGACAGAAUUGUUAUUCAGAAUUGUUUUCUUUUCGAUUAACUUUUAUUUUUCAUAUAAAUGUUUUUUUUUUGUCGUUGCAGAUGAUAUAGAAGAAUGCGAUAUAAUGAGAGCUUAAUGCUUUUAGCACCAUUUUCCAGUUUUUUGCUUCUUCUUCACGCGCAACAAAUAAAAUUAUUUGCGAGUUAGGUGGGGUUUCGCAUUGACCAGAAGUCAAAGGGCACCACCAGAGACGACACAGUGAGCAGUUAAUUGGAGUUGCCAAUUGGAUGACAAAGCGAAAGUAUGCGUGUCUGCGAGUGGUGAUGAAUAAGUGAACCUUGCCAAUUCCUGUGGAUGAGGAGGUGUAUUACUCUGUUUCUACAUCCGUGAAGUCCGAGUGUGAGUGUGUGUGUAAGGAAAAUUGGGAAAAUUGUCGAAUAAAAUUGGUUUACUUUAUACAUUUCGUGGAAAGAAUUCAAAUCCUCUUUCCUGCCUGGGUUCUUGUGCUCUUUCUCUUGCCUUCUCUCCCUCCCUCCCUCUCUCUCUCUCUCUCUCUCUCUAUCUCUCUUUCUCAAACCUAUAUCCUCGCUUAUUCUAAUCCUUUCCAGACCAAUAUCCUAUCUGUACACAAACACUCAUUCAAUAAACCCGCGCUGCAAUCUAAUAUCUUCAUUCAAGCACCCACAUUCAUUCAAGAUGGACCACCCCGUUCACUCCAAUAGAUAAGUAAAACUAGCUGAAUCUAGUGUGUCCUGUGUGAUGAUCAGGUUCCUCGUUCCUGUACAAAUCCCUCCGUUAUCGUUCACACACUCUCACUCGCUCUCUCUCUCUCUCUAUCUCUCUCUCUCCUUAUCUCAUUCAUACACGAUUGAUUACUUUUUGACCAAAAACACACGGGAACUAUUGUCUACACACUAGAGAGGAGAUCAUCCCUCCCUUUUGUGUGACAUUAGUUCGCGUGUCCUGGUACAAAAUGGCAGUGAUCUACUGGUUCAUUCCAUAUACAUAUAUAUUUUGCAAUUUAUGCGGAAUUCUAUUAAAUGUUUUUUUGUUUUUAUAUUUUCAAUUUGUACACUUUGAUUCUUUUUUUAACUUAUACACAAAAGAAACCGUUGUCAAUUAGAUGUUUUAAGAGGAAACCCAAUUCGGCGGCCAAUUGUAAAUCCCACUAAAUUGCAGAACAUUUUGUCGCACCAACGGAGUAGAUCUGUUCACGCAUAUCCCCAAGCAGCACUGAGAGCGAGAGGCCUGCCACCCUGCUCAGUUCAAACGACUGCUUGUCUGUCUUCCCUAGCUCUUCCCAGGGUCCUACUCAAGGUAAGGCUUUCCUGAAAUGUGACUUGACCUAUCUGGUUCGCUUCCAUCCUUUGCUCGGUAUUCUUCUCGCCUACUUUUCUCCCCGUGUAUAAAGUAAACCCAAGUAUGGCUAAUGUUUCUAGUUGGAGAAGAAGUCUGUGAAGAUGAGAAAUUUAAGGUUUGUUUUAGUUUGAUGAUAUGAGCAUAAUUUUGAUCAUCUUGUGUCCGUAAAGGAAAAGGAGAGGUCCACAGCAUAAAGUUGCCGUUGGCAAAGGCAUAAAAUGAUACCAAGUGUUGUGACGGUUUUUGCGAAGAAGAUCAGCUCGUUCAUCGCAUUUCAUCGUCCUUCAAGGCUAGUCUGCGCCGGAUGUGCAGGCUGGAAAAAGGGGGAUGAUGAUGAUAGGGAUAUGAUGAUGAAGUGCUUCAUCGUGCUUCAUCGAUUUCUGGAAACGCUGGAAACGAAUCCAUCCAUCUUUACGAUUCGUAUGUUUCUUCGUUUAUUUCGGGGGAGUCCUCAGCAAAACGGAUCUCCUUGAUGUGCUUAAAACGUUUUUAUAGGAAAUAGAUAAAAAAAAUGGUAGAAACAUGCAGAGAGUGGUAUCAGAGCUCAAGUGAAACUCGACUAUAACAUCGCUCACUACUGCAGGCUUCUGAUGAGCAGCUCUGCUGAUCUCGUUCCGCAAAUGAAGCUUUGAGUUGUCAUGGCCCGGUGAAGGUUUGAAGAGGAAGACAAUCCUCCCUCAGUGCUAGAAGUAAAAGAAUGUAAAUAUCCAAAAGCAUCCCCUGUGUUCCGCUUGCGGACCCGACUCUAUGUACGAUCGGAAUAAUCUAGGAAAAACUGAUCCUCAAGAUAAGUAGUCGCAAUUAGCUGUAGGAUCGAUCGAUAAGCUCUACGGAUUAAGUGUCUGGCAUUAUUAUGAUGACUACUACGCCUGGUUUGUUGGUAUAUCUUUUUUAACGACAUGUUCUCACAAAAAAAAACGAUAAAAGUUCUCCAAUUCUGUCUUCCAACUUUUCGCACACCGUAAAUGGGGGGGGGGGGGGGGGGUGGGGAGUUUUGUGAGGACCUCUCCAUGGCUCAAAAGAAUGGCUCGAGAGUGCCGCACAAAAUAUAGCUCUUUUCACACGUAGUUUUAAGCAAUGUACAAUGGUCCAAUGGAUGUUUCCAACCAAGACAACUUCUUCACUACAACGUUCUCUUGUGUUCUGAUCCCUGUUUCUAACUAAAAAAGCAGUUCAAGCACCAAACAGAUUUCAUAGUUUCCCAAAGUUGCAAUUCUGCUUCCAUAUGCUUUCGAGGCGGAAAGACACAAACAAGGAAACAAUUAAAACUAUACAUGAAAGACGUCUUGGGUCACAUUGCAGACUGACUGACAACACGGACUGAUGAUUGGUGUUGCCUGCUGUUCCCGAUUUUCCCGUGCCGUUUGUUGAGAUCAUAUCUAAGGUCAGCUCUCUAACACAUAACGCUACCAACUACUCAACUUAAACGCAAUUCCCUUACCGCCUAAUAUAAUACAUUCCCGGUCCCAGGGUUGGACAGGACAGAGAGUGAGAGAGCGAGAGAAGAGAUGUGGCAACAGCACGUGGAUAAACGACAUACUGAAACGAGAGACCCGUCCAACAAGAAGUAGAUAAAAAAAAAAGUAGAAAA